GCCCAGCCCAGCCCAGCCCAGCCAUGGGAAUUGUGGCUGCUUGCUUGGUUGCCCCCCCCUUCUAAUCGAAGCUGCAAAACAUGGAACCCCAACCCCCCCUUCCCUGGCUUGUCGAGCCAGAACCUUGGUGGAUAACGUCAGGCAGCCUGAAUGAGAAUCAGGGCAACAUUAGCACGCACCCGUCCUCCACUCUCUUGCUUCCUCCUUCUGAUGCCCUGUCUCUCUCGUCUGGCUCUUAUGCGUUGUGUCCCUUGAGGGAUCUGACCUUUGGCUUCUCCUUCUCUCUAUCUCUUCCACAAUCCCAGCAUAAUUAUGGUUAACCGAAUUCUGUACUGCAGAAUUCUCUUCAUUUGACAGUUGCUCACCAUCUUCUCUAGCUCAUUCUCUCUCUGUCCCUCUCCCUCACUUACAGGCACGCGCCGGUUGGGCUCGGCACGGUCUCCCAUGCUUUGUCAUAGCCUAACAUGGCAGGCAUUACGGACAAAUGGGUCCAACAUCUGAGGACUCGCGAUCGCCAGGACAAGGCAGAGUCACACUCUUUUACGUGCGAUAUCUGCGGCGACGAAAUCAAGACGUUAGAAACUUGGCUCGAUCAUGUCAAAUCCGAUCAGGAGCACCAGGAAAAGUGGCCGACGCUGGAGGCAGCGCAACUAUCAUACGUUCAUAAGGGAUCGAUUAGACCAACUAGUCAGGACUCCAAUAGCAGGAAACGACGUGCAGACACCACCAAUGGGACCGUAGGGGACCAGACCACAACGGUCACUGCAGUCGAUCAAGAUCGAGAUGCCGAAGGCCACCAGGCAAAGCGUCGGUCGCCUGAGCCGAGCGCUCCAGGCCGUAGCCGUGCCCGUAAUGACCACCGGAACGACUACGGGGGUCGGCCCCACCAGAACACAUCAGGCCGUCAGCUCUGGACCUCCGAUGAUGGUGUUCAGCAAAAGUCACAGGGCCAGGGGCGAGCUGUCUCCCUUGGUUCGCCCAGGCAAGGGCCUACCAAGGCAAACAGACCUACACAGACAGCCACACAACAGGUCAACCGUCCUUCAUCCAAUGAUGAUGAGUCCACCUCCAAGAUGAUGCGCCAGCCAGAGACAAGACCCAUCUCACAAGAUCAGCUUGUCGCAGAGGUAAAAGGCAUCUACGCAGGACUGGUCAUGGUUGAGACAAAGUGCAUCGAAGUUGACAAUGCCCAAUCAUCCAACACUGAUGCCAAUUCAAAACUUAACAACGAACAAUGGCAGGCAUUGAUUGCACUUCACCGCACCCUCCUCCAUGAGCAUCAUGAUUUCUUUCUUGCAAGCCAACACCCCUCUGCUAGCCCUGCUCUGCGAAGGUUAGCAUCCAAGUAUGCGAUGCCCGCUCGUAUGUGGCGACACGGCAUUCACUCGUUUCUUGAGCUUCUCAGACAUCGUCUCCCUGCCUCUCUAGAGCACAUGCUCACUUUUCUGUACUUGGCUUACAGUAUGAUGGCCUUGCUAUACGAAACUGUGCCUGCUUUUGAGGAUACGUGGAUCGAGUGUCUUGGAGACCUUGGUAGAUAUCGCAUGGCCAUUGAGGAUGAUGAUAUCAGAGACCGUGAGGUAUGGACUGGCGUAAGUCGCCACUGGUACAGCAAAGCAUCUGAUAAGUCCCCUACUACGGGCAGACUUUAUCACCAUUUGGCCAUCUUGGCCCGUCCCAAUGCCUUGCAGCAGCUGUACUAUUACACCAAGUCCCUCUGUGUUCCCAUUCCCUUUUCAAGCGCACGAGAAAGUAUAAUGACGUUGUUUGAUCCUGUGCUGAACAAUAAUACGGCCCGUCUUGCCCCCGUUGAUGCUGCAUUUGUACGCGCUCAUGCUAUUCUCUUCUCUGGGAAGUCCCAGGACCAGCUUGAAGAGUCUGUAGAGAGCUUCAUUGAUCAGCUGGAUAGUCAUAUUGGUCGGUCGCCUAAGCGAUGGCUGGAAUCAGGAUACCACAUUGCCAUUUCUCAGUCCUGCUCCCUACUUGGAUACGGCGCUGAGUCCAAUGUUCUCAUGCGGGCCAUAUCAAAGAAGCCGGAAGAGACUGACGUCACCAUGGAUGGGAACACAAUUUCCGAGGCCGCCCCUGAUGAGACAUUCAAGCUUGCGCUUGGCUUUGCAACCCGGACGAUUUCGCGAGUUCUUUAUCGCUGGGGAGACACCAAUACGUUACCCUUCGUGCAUUCCAUCCUGGUUUUCAUGAACCACAUGACACAGUAUCCAGCGGCCAUUUCCCAUUUGGAGGAUGCGUAUCCCUGGAAACUAACUUCCAUUAUGCUGAACACCCUCUUGCUUUCCUGCGAGCCUGGUUAUGAGAUCCUUGGCCACUUCCGCCUGCCGGAAAAGGACCAGCUCCCACGCCCGUUGCCCGAGGACUUUGCCAUGCGAGGCCUGGUCUACGCCGAGGACUAUUUCCCCAACGGAUGGUUCAGUAAUGACAAGAUAGACGAAGAUGAGAAGUAUUUUGAGUUGCCAUCUGUCUCAGAAGAGCGCAAGGGCCGCAUCCUGUCUCUUGGAUACAGAAUUGCAUCCACAGGUAACUGGCUUCUCUGGAAUGAAGAAAGUCGUCAAUUCGAGGUUCCCGAAAAGUAUAACGUCAAGAUAAACCUGGACAACAGGCAAAAGGCCAACGCCGAGUAACAAGACACGCCCAUAUGAGCUCAAUGUCUGUUUAUCUGGCAGGGCACUUCCAUGCACGCACAUUGGUAAGCCAACAACGUUGGCAUGGAGGUGUCCUGCCAGAACAGUUGAGAGGUCAUGCCAGGUAUUUCCCUCUGACUCUUAACUGCCAGAAAAAAGGAUUGAGAUCCUAGAUAGAUAUUGGUCCAUCUUCCACUAUGCUCCAAGGAGUCAGGCCUACCGGCGCCAACACGGAUGUCUCAGUUCAUGCCAAACCGAGUGGGACUUUGAUGGAACCAGCCAGAACAAUAGCUUGGACCUGGAUCUGGACCUGCCACCCUUCCCCUACACGGAUGGAUAUCAUCUUUCAACAACAUAUCCUACCCGUUCUAUCACCGUAUCGAAUUCAACAUGUUUAUUGGUCAAAUCUUGGACAUUCAGAGGACUUUGUGAUUAUUUGACAUGCGACUGGAGCCCGGAGCAGUUAUUUCGGGUGUUCGAAAGGGGCAGAACCAAAUGUCAACAUGACGCUGGCUCUCACUACCCCGACCCCGUAUUCAUCUAAAUGGAUACCGGUAACUACAUGGUAAACGCCCAAGAAAUUGACCAUCAAGACAGUAACACUAUUUCUUCGGACAAGCGCCUCCCAUGACACGUUAUACGUUCCCAGGGAUUCUACCCGAGAAAGCCUCGGACCCAGCCGCUCUUUUGGUUCACUGACAAUCCUGUCGUUCUUUCUGAGUGUUGUUGCUAUUCAUUAUGGCUAUUUUAAUUUUCUUCUUUGUAUGUACUUGCUACUCGUGUUUUAGUGCUCUGAGUGGGUUACCCAGAUUGUAUUUCUUUUAUUGUGUUUGAUAUCGCUUAACAUACAUAUGCAGCGACAAUGGGUGGCAGUUUGUGAACUAUUCAGGUGUUGGGGCUUUAUUAGAAAGAAGCAGUUGAAAGUAUCGGAGUUAUGAAUAGAUACCUAACAUGGUAGAAUGAUACACGUUAAUUGGUCAAUCGGCCUACCUAUUGUUAAACAAUCAAGGCUGGCAAUGAAUUGCUUUGAUGGCAUCAUCAACAUCGCAUCACAUCACAAAGCGUCAAAAAGAGCGGGAAGUGGAGUCCCCCGCGCUUCCCGCCCCCACAUUUGG